GGAGGCGACACGUCAUGUUACGUUACGUAUGACGUAUGACAACAACAGGAAGACGGACCUCACGUUGCUGGUGAUGGCUCAGCAGGCGACGGCGGGCCGACGCUGCCUGCGGGCGUUCGUUAGCGGCUUCUUCGUGGCCGUUCCCGUCACGGUCACCGUCCUGGAUCGCUUGGCCUACGUGGCGCGAGUGGAGGGAGCGUCGAUGCAGCCCUUCCUGAACCCAGAGGGCCGAUUGGACUGCGAUGUUGUCCUGCUGAACCGCUGGAGUGUGAGGAACUACGAGGUCCAGCGCGGUGACAUCGUCUCCCUCAUGUCGCCCAAGAAUCCCCAGCAGAAGAUCAUCAAGCGGGUCAUCGGCCUGGAGGGAGACUUCAUCAGGACUCUGGGCUACAAGAACCGAUACGUUCGAGUUCCUGACGGCCACUUCUGGAUCGAGGGCGAUCAUCACGGACACAGUCUGGACAGCAACAGCUUCGGACCGGUGGCAGUGGGGCUGCUUCACGGUCGGGCCUCCCACAUCAUCUGGCCGCCAAAUCGCUGGCAGCGAAUCAAGCCGUCUCUGCCGGCAAACCGAGGGCCGCUGGACACCGAGGAAGAAGAGGGAUGAAGACACACAAACACACAGUUUUUAUGACUACAGUAGAGUGGGUAUCGCCACUGAUUUCCUGAAUCCAUUCAAUUCCAACUCACAUGGUCCCAAUUUGAUUUUGGAUUUGAUUUUAUUCAAUAUAUAGCUUGGAUUAGGGAUAUUUCAGUUACCAUACCAACUUUGCUUGGAUAUAAAAGAGAGUUUUUAGAGAACUAAUGCUGUGAUUUGUACAAGAAACUAGAGAUGCAACCAAUCCAGAUUUUUGGGGUUUGGCCGAAUACCGAAUCCACUGGUUAAGAUUCUGCCGAAUACCGAAUACCAACUCCUCCUCCAAUCCUCAAUCCAUUAACACAG